CAAAACCUGAAAUCGAGACUUCCUCUGAAUGGCUGCAAAUAAACAUUUUUAAAGCGUCUUUAAGGAAUAAGGUUAAGGAAAAAGUUUUUUUGAAGAAAAAGAACUAUGAAUGAAAGAGAGACUUUUCUUCGUACUGAGAAAUCAAACUGUUGUCCAAUGUGUGGCAAUGAUGCUGACUGGGUGGAACUUAGGCCAUAUCAAAAUCAAGUGUCUGGACAUCACCGUGUUAUGAUUUUUGACGAAGAGACAAUUUGCAAGCCUUUGAUGUCAAAAGAAUAUGCUUUUUUCCAAAACGUUCCAACAGAAAUCUUGAAGUUUGUGCCAAAAAUGAAAGGCAUUGCAAAAGUUUUUGCCCAAACUGAUGACAAUGGACAUGACCAUUUAUUCGCCAUGCGAAAAACAAAAGAAUCUGCCUCAAUGUUAACUUGUGAUUGCAAGGAUAAAAGCAUGUUGGUUGCCUCUGCAACCUCAACACAUGGUUUAGCAAUAAACCACCAAUGUAAAUGGAAAUACAAGGCUGGGCAAGAUGAAUCAAAUCAAGAGCAAGUCUUUGAUCAGCAUCCAUGGGUAAGGAAAGUGCAGCAAAUGUCAUUUGAAAAAAACAUGCAUAAAACAAAGGGCUCAGAGCUUAUUCUCUUGGAACAUAUUGGAGCCAAAUUUAAAAGACCCUGUAUUAUGGACUUGAAAAUGGGAGUGCGCCAAUAUGGCGAUGAUGCAACUGAAAUAAAAAUAAAAGAUCAUCAAGAAAGAUGUGAAAUGUCAACAUCAAGCAGUCUAGGAGUGAGACUUUGCGGAAUGCAGGUUUAUGAUCCAGCAAGUAACACCUACACAUAUACGGACAAGUAUAGCGGGCGGAGGCUUGAUGACAUUGGCUUUGAGGAAUGUUUAAAGCACUUUAUGAAUGACUCUAAGAGACCCGAUGUCAUACCAGCGUUCGUAGAAUCACUUGAAGAUUUAUAUGAGUCUGUACAGAGCUUAAACUUUUGCAGAUUGUUCUGCAGUUCUCUUCUGUUGAUGUACGAGGGUGAUAUCACGGCGAAAGGGGAGCCAGUUGCAGUACUCCGUAUGAUUGAUUUCGCAAAUGUAACUUUGUAUAGUGAAAAGCACAUUGGUCCCGAUGAAGGCUAUCUUUUUGGGCUAAGAAAUCUAAUAAGACUGUUUAGGGAAAUAGCUGUUCCAUUCAGAUGAAAAUCGCGGUCAUAAAACGCAUUUAAAGAAGAAGAAGAUUAUGAUGCAUUGGCUCUUGUUUUGGAGUAAUCAUAUGGUUGCCCUCGCGAGAAAAGUAAUUGCUUUGGAGGUACACAAGUUCACCAUUGCACUGACCAGAGUUAUCGUUUUUGAACGAAACGUGGUCGGAGGCAAGAUACCAAAAUCUUCGAUUCAGCACGUUGUUUUGCACAGCCUUGUUACACAUCACUAUGAAGCUACUGAUCAUUGUCAGUCAAUUAAGUGAACAAUUAUCUGUCUAUUUUUAACAUUGUAUUUGAUUUUUCUAAUAAUAAUAGUUUUUAAGGAUCUUAUUAUGGUGUUUCAAUAAUGAAAUAUUUAAGGUCAUUGUUGUAUAAUAUACUUAUCAAAUUUUGGUUUAAUAAAGAUCUGUAUAUUAAGAAAUCUGUUCAUUA